AUGAGCGCCAAUCUUGCCGAGGACCUCCAUGACCCGGCUCAGAAUGCCGUUGAGGCUGUGUACUCAUGCAUUCGCGAUGGUAACCUGUCACGGCUACAGGAGCUGCUUGCUUCCUCACCCUACCCAGACCUCGGCCAUGUCCAUCUGCAGCACGGGCCACCCCUUCACUUCGCUGCGGGGUGCGGUGACCUCGAGGCCGAGAAGCUGUUGCUAGCAGCUGGAGCCGACCCUCUGCUCAUUGACCGCAGGACUCGGCGGAUCAGACCUAUUGGAUGGGCUGCUAUGAAUGGUCAUCGAGACGUUGUCCGUCACCUGUGGACGUGCGGUCCUCCCGAAGAGCAGACCAAACCCCUAGACCAUGUCAAAAGCCCACUUCGUGCCGCAGGAGAGUACGGGCACGCGCAGAUCGUUGAGGAUCUGAUGAGUUGGGACGGCUGGCCAAAGGAUCAUUUGGAGCAAGUUUUGAGCUAUGCAACCGCAGACUGGGAUUAUAAUGUGGUUGCUCGGCUCUUCAAGAGCGACCUCCUCGACCGAAAAUCGGCAACGCAGGCUCUCUUCGGCGCCAUAAACAGCAACAAGGCCUGGCUCAGAGGAGUUUCCGAGGGCUUCGAUUAUAUCAACCAGCAACGCCUAAUAGAGCUGUUCAUUAGUGCUGGAGCUGAUUUAAAUCAUUCUAUCUCUGGGAGUGGGUACCCUCUGGUUUGUAAGGCUGCUUCCAACGCCAACCUCACUGGCGCGCUCACAAUACUCCUCGAGAAAGGGGCGGAACCGAACGUACGGCUUCCUCAUUCCGGAGCAACUGCUCUUCACAUUCUUGCCUUGCCAGUGCCCGUGGGUGGCCAAGAUAGCGGACGGAAAGUCUUGAAUGAGGUAGCCGUUAAGCUGCUGCUUCAGCAUAGGGCUUCCGUGACCUUGCUCGAUAAUAACGGGGACUCUUCCAUUCAACUAGCCGCCUACGGCUCCGAUCUACGCUUUUUCUGCCUCUACUUAUGUCCAUUUCCUAAUCGACUUAGGGACGAAAGCACGUUAAUGGCCUUAACGAAUGAACAUAAAGAGACCUUACUUCACUACGCUGCCGCCGGAUGCUGUGUCGAGAUCAUGGAGUACUUGAUCUCUCGAGGGUUAGAUAUUAACGCAAAAAGCACCCAGGGCUGGACCCCGCUUAUGUGUGCUUUAACCCCAUCGUCUAUGCCUCCGUACAAUCGCGGGGCCGUGACCGUAACUACGGCAUCUCAGGCAACGCAAGCGGCUCAAUGUCUCCUCUCCUAUGGGGCAGAUCCCCUAGUGGUUACGGCCGAGGGUUGGACACCCUUGCACGCAUUGGCUCUUCACUGUGAUCUUGACCUGCGGCUUCAUGUUGGUAAGGUCUGCGAGCUUACUGCGCAACUUAUCGCCCGUGGUGUUAACCCAGAAGCGCGUGCUCCCCUGCUUACUUACCUUCGCACGUCGGAUGACCAGCUCGGUAUGCCCUGGGGUCAUCGAGUCAGCGACACGAUGAUGAAUGCCUCGCCCCGAAGCUGGAUUAUACAGCCAAGCUUGACGCCUCUGCACUGGGCUGCACAGCGUGGUGCUACUGGUGUUGUUAGAGCACUUGUUGCUGCAGGAGCCGACAUUUCACUGACAGAUGGAAGCGGCGUGUCGGCUCUUGAGAUGGCACGCGAUUCGAAAGCGUUGGCCGUGCGGACCGAGGCAGCUGAUGUCAUUGUGGGCUUACUGUGGAGAGACAUUUGA